GGCACUUGCGGCCGCAUUGAGCUGAAGCGCAGAACGGAGCCAGGAUGUCGCUCAGCGCAGCGUGCAGGGCAACAAGGCAGAGAAUAUCGCCUUGUUUUCAAGUUUCUAAACUGCGUUUCAGCGUCACUUCACUCAGCUGUGCCGAUCGGUUGACAUUCGCGAAACCCUUCAGCGAUGUUCCAAAGAUUCCAGCGCUGCCUAUUGUGGGAAGUUCAUGGAUAUAUUUCCCUAUUCUGGGUAGAUACAACAUCAGGAAACUAAACGAAGCUGCCUGGGAUAUGUACCAACGGUACGGGCCCGUAGUAGGGGAGCGCCUUCCUGGAAGGCGCAUCGUCGUGCAUCUCUUCAGCGCGGAUGACAUUCGGACUUUGUACCAGGAGGAGGGAAGGACACCAUACCGCAUGGGAGCACUGCCGUUCAAGCUGUACCACACAGAGAGGAAGGAGUACUUUGCAAACGCUGGCAUCCUCAAUGCGCAAGGCGAAGAAUGGCGCCAGAUACGGACAGCGGUUCAACCCUGCACAAUUCGGCCUCGGACUGUUCAGUUGUAUGCUGAAGGAUUGGGGCAGAUUGCCGACGAUGCCGUGGACCUUAUCGCCAGCGACCGAGACGAAAAUGGCGACGUACCGGACUGCUAUACCAUCAUGCAGAGAUGGGCGUUGGAGUCUGUCAUGCUUGUUUCUAUGGACCAGAGACUAGGUCUGCUUGACAAUCCACUGUCACCCGACUCAGACGCAGCUGGAAUAUUGAACGGAAUCGUCGCACUGUUUUCUGACAUGGACAAACUGGUGACGCGAUUUCCUUACUAUCGUUACUUCCCAACGCCCAUCAUUAGGCGUUUUCAACGCACUGGGGAUUACUUAGUCGCGCGCAUGUCUCACAUCAUCAAGGAAGCAGCGGAAGCGACCAAAUCAAGGGGAAACAAUAAUGAGAACUGCACCAUCCUUCAGCACCUGUACAACCAGCAGAAAACGGAAUUCAAGGAAAUCUUUACUUUCCUCCAUGACUUUGUUAUUGGAGGAACUGAUACGACAUCUGGCGCUGCCACAUUCACGUUAUAUCGGUUAGCAGUGAACCCAGCAGCCCAAGAGAAAGCACGACAGGAAGUUCUCGCUGCAACAAAAAAAUGUGCUGGGACAUUGUCCGCAGACAGUCAUCAGCACUUAAGCUACGUCAAAGCCUGCAUAAAAGAGGCACUUCGAUUUCACCCCAUCAUACCAGGAGUGAACCGAAAAAUAAACCAUGACCUCGUACUAUCAGGUUACCGCAUACCCGCUAAUACUGUGUUACGAACGGAGCCUUUCGUAGCUGGAAGGCUGGAGGAGAACUUCACUCGGGCUUCGGAGUUUCUACCUGAAAGGUGGCUGCGAUCGAGCGAUGAUCAUUCGUCCAAGACGAAUGACGAUACUUGGAAUCUGCAUCCAUUCGCCUCUCUCCCAUUCAGCAUUGGACCAAGAAUGUGCAUUGGCAGAAGAAUCGCUGAGAUGGAGUUGUGCAUUCUUGUGGCCAAGGUGCUUCAACGAUACCGCGUGGAGAACCAUCAUGGCGACAUUGGUUUUCUUACGCAGUUCACCGGCAAGCCCGCAAAGCCAGCAAAAUUUAGGUUUGUGGAACUCAACACCACAACUUAACCUCGCUAAAGAUUAAAAAGAAACUGUCGUCGCCUCUAACUCGUCAUCAUGAAGACUGCAGCGCUCACCUGAAGACAGAAACAUGGUACAGAAAUAAAGUUUUUCCCCAUGUCAAG